GGGACUCAAAGUCACCUGGUCUCGAACCGAAACUUGGCCGUCCUUCAGCGAACAUGCCAGGUUGAAUGAAGUUUCAUACCACUACGAAGCCAUCCCACGACUUUGCUGCCGCCCCUAGUCGUUAGCCUCUCUUUAGUAUAUUGCUUGCGACUGGUAUCGGUCGCUAAGCAAGUCUCUUUCCCGGAGUGGGCUGUCAAUAGAAAGCGAGAGAGAAUUCGUCAAAAAUCUUGCGCGCGGGCUUUGCACCCUCCUCAGAAAUGCGUUAACCAACUUCCCCCAAUACGUUUCACGCUGCGCGACCGCAGUAUCGACGAAGAAUAUCGCAGCGACGUCAAAUUUAGUCGAUUAUGGUUCAAUAGAAUAGAAAAAAUUAAGGAUUGAGAGUAUUUCUGUAACCAAAGAAAAACCCGCGAAUUUGCGAUUUCGAUUCCCAACGACGAACUUAAGUCUUAGUCUCAGUCUCUUCGGUUUGGCGGUCGUCAUUGUCAGGUAUGGCCAUGAUGGACCCAAGCGGUUGGAAUGGACAAGAUCAAACCAUGACUUCGGCUGGUGAAGAUGACUUCCAACAAUUCCUUGAGAUGGGUGGCAUGUCGAAUCUCGGGGAUGGAUUACAAUUCGAUUUCCACGAUUUCAAUAGCUCCAAUAGUGCUGCGAUUAUGCACCAGCAACAUGGGGACUCAAUAGAUACUCCGAUGAGCAAUUCAAACGUUCCGACGAUCAUCGCGAGAAAUGAUAUGGGAUCGCAAAAUCAGAUCUCACCGAUGACGUCGGCCCCAAGCCACCCGGGGAUCUCGUCGCAGAUGAUGCCUCCGCACCAUUCAACCUCUGAUCCAAUCUCCGAAAUAGAUGCGCAGAUUCAAUUUUUACAGCAGCAGAGGCUGCAACAACAAAGAAGACAGCUCGCAGAGCAACAGAGACAGUUCCACGAGCAACAAGCUGCUUUCUACGCUCAACAGCGAAACAUGGUACCACCAACCCCGCAGAGCCUCGAAAUGCAGGCCACAAAUCAGUUCUUUGCACAACAGGACCAAGCACAUUCUUCGGGCAUGUUUGAUGGAUAUCAACAUCUUAAGGAGCAACAAGAUAUGGCCUUUACUCCACUAGUAUCACCUGCAGUGACCCCCCUCGAACCUCACUUCCCAGUCGACCCGGGAUUUUCUCAUUCGGGGCCCUACUUUAGUCCUUUGACGUCUCCUGCGCUCCAUGCCCAAAAUGAAUCAACGUCAACAUUUGACCAUAGGCACUCAGGCCAUACAACUAACUCACCUGUGGAGAUGGAUAUUGAACCUUCUCCAGCAAUGAACAGCGCGACAAACUUGUCUAAGAAAGUACGCAAGAGUAAUGCUACUAAGGCUAGAAAACCAAACGUCCGACAGUCGCCGAUAACAAAACCUCAAAGAAGGAAGAAUACUUCGACUCCAAUAAUAAACGCACAGGUAUUGAGUGAGUUGGCCGAGUCUGCGGCCGAGGCCUCGGAACAUCCACCAAAGCCGAAAUCAAUCUCGGCGGCGUCGACGGAGGACUCGGAGAACGCGUCGGUGUCUCCAGAAGCGCUCGAAAUGCCGCCCCCGCCACUUCCUCCACCUCGUUCGGCUAGACAAUCUCCGUACAUCCAACCGCAGAACAAUGGAAGCGCAGCCCCCCUGACGUUGCCUGCAGCUCUAGCAGGAAAGCCAUCACCUGCAACGCCGGCUUCGCUUUUCAGGAUUUCACCGAAGAGUAAGACGGCCGACCCGAACAAUCCCGAACAGAGUGGCUCCGAGCAUAUAGAAAGCUUCGAGCUACCUGAGUCCGUCAAUUUCUCCAGGCCUGAUCUUCCGUCGCUCGAUACGCAGCAGCAGCCCGCCCAGUCGCCUGCCGACCCAGAGACGGCAAAGACAACAAAUUUCCACUCCCUCCCUUCGCCCGUUCUUCCGAAACCCAUCCAUUCGGCGACAGCGUCGGCAACUCAAAGUCCUCAACUUACGCCCAAGCCCUCUACUCCUAACCCAAGGAAAACUCCGCUUAUAGCUCCGAGGGGACCUAAGAAGAGGACAAGUGUUAGCUCCAUAUCGCCGGCUCUUCGGCCGAAGAUAUCACCGAAUAUAAAACCACUGCUCCCAGGAACACCUGGCUUAUCUGCCGAGGAUUCGGCCUCGAGGUUGUUGGCAUCUAAAUCGAAUUAUCAGAAUAUACUAGAGGGGAAUACGGUGCCGGGAGUUUCAUAUCCAAGCGAGCUGUCCACAAAUUUAACCUCGAAACGGACCUCACACAAGAUCGCGGAGCAGGGCCGUCGAAAUCGUAUCAAUUCGGCACUUCAGGAAAUCGCAACGUUGCUACCGAGAAGUGUGGCUAAAGAUCUAAGCGAGGGCGACGGCGAGGGUGGCAGUGGAGACAAGAAAGACGGCAAACAGUCGAACGGUCCGAACAGUAAAGCUAGUACGGUGGAACUGGCAAUUGUAUACAUCAAACAACUACAGCAAGAAAUUGCGGACGCGAAUAGAAGAGCGGACGAGGCCGAGAAGAAGCUAGAGGAGAAGGGAACGGCGAGCUGACACGAGCUACAAGACCAAGAUACCUAGGUAUAAGAUGGAGGGUUAAGGAGUGACUAAUUACUAAAAGUUAGUAUAUGUUGGGUUGGUCGGCUGAAUUGUUUAUCAUAUUAUUGGCGCACCGGCUUGCUGCAUUGAUAGAAAGCA